GAGAAGAAGAAAGGAAAGGAAAACAAAAAAAGGAAACUCGAGCUUCGAAGAGGGAGGCGGAGCGCUACAAGCCAAAUCGAAGAGGCAACCCCUCCCCUCCUCCUGCUCCGCCACGGCCCGAAACCCCACCGGAUCGGCGGCGGCGGCGGCGGCGGCGGAGAUGUCGCUGACGGAGGUCAGGAUCGGGGAGGAGGUGUGGCUCACGUGCCUCUCCCACGCCCUCACCACCGAGACGGAGGAGGUCAUGGGCCUCCUCUUCGGCGACAUCAAGCAUUCGAGCAGGGGCGGGGUGACUGCUGUGAUAUGGGGGGCGUCGCCGCAGAUGAGGUGCGACCGGAAGAAGGACAGGGUCGAGGUCAACCCCGAGCUGCUCGCGGCGGCCACGGCGCAGGCCGAGAGCUUGUCGGCCACCAUCGGGGAAAAAACGAGGGUGAUUGGGUGGUACCACUCGCACCCGCAUAUCACCGUGCUGCCAUCCCAUGUAGAUGUUCGGACCCAGGCAAUGUUUCAGUUGAUGGAACCAGGCUUUGUGGGUUUGAUAUUCUCUUGUUUUAGUGAAGAUGCUCAAAAGGUUGGAAAAAUCCAAGUAAUUGCCUUUCAGUCACUUGGUGGAAAUCAUCAAUCUAUUGUCCCUGUUAAUGAUCCAGUCAUUAACCUUGAAUCAUCUUGGAGUUCAUUGGAUACUUCUUCACAUCCUGCAUUGAUCGAGGGCAUUGAACAAGACACGGGGGAUUCUAAAACUUCAAGAAAUAGCAAGGUGUGGGAAAAAUCUUCCGAUGUGGAUUUCUAUUCUCAUUCUGGCACCAAUCAUUCAGCAAAACAUCAAUCCAGAGAAAAUGCUAUCGUUGCAUGUGAUCCCAAUAACGCACCUGAGACCCCUGUCGAUCUAGAUGAAUCAGAUAUGACCCCAAGCAUCCAGGAGGCGUUGCACCGGUCAAACAUGGACAUUAGUGGUGCAGAAUAUGUAAGAAAGGAGGUCCCACUUUAUGUAUUUCCGACAGGGCAUCUGCUAAAGCUGGACACUACAUUAACUUCUUACUGUGAUAUGCAACAUGUCAUUUUUGAAGAGGAAAAAUCGGCAUAUAAUCAAGCCAUGCAUCAAAAUAUUCGUGAUGGGAAGAUCCACCCACUUACAUCUAUUCACCAUGCAUCUACGUACAAUUCAUCUCUCUGCAAAUUAAUGGAAUAUUGUUUGAGCCCUGCUAUAACUGUACUUCAGGAUCGUCUGAAGGAAAAUGAAAUUCGGUUAUCUAUGUUAAUGGAGGAGGCUAAACAACUUGAGGCAGAGAACCAAAGCAUGAGAAAUGAUUCUCCUCGUCGCUUGAUGUAUCAUGGGACUAGUGGUAGCAGUUCUCUGAUGGCUCAGGACAAGCAUGCUGCUGCCAACCAAAUGAGCCCUAGAAGUCCUAGUGGCAGCAGCCGGAGAAAGGCUUCCUGAUUUCAACCUUGUUCACUUGUUAUGGUCAAUAUCAUGAGCUGCGUUUCCACCCAAUGCUAUCUGAAGUCCCCAUUUUUCUGGUGUAUGAAGGUGUGUGCAGUGGCUUUGUACAUACUCUACUCCUUUCAGCACCAGUGCUGUUGUGAAAGUUAUUUCGGCCUCCCUUCGCUUUGUACUGAUAUUCCUUGCUCUGCCGCUGAAUUCGCUCCUAAUUUCUCCGGUGUUCUUCCCUGUUAUCGCAAAAAUGCGAUUGAGAUCUUCAUCACUGAUGGCUUCUUCCAUGAUCUUGUAGUUUGUGCUGGGGUGGUUGCUUGAUUGCUUUCCUUGAGCUAUUGCUAAUUCAGUUGCAAUGCAUUUCCCGUGCAGGCAAAGACGAAGUUUGUCUUUGCUUCGCAGUUGGAACAAAAUCAUGUACCAACACAAAUGUUGAAAUUCUCAGGCACACUUGCUGCCAAGGUGUCAUAGUGGAAGACAUCGACUGGGUAGAAACUUUUUGUGUACAAUGCACGGAUGACUAGUCUUAUGGUCACUUGGUCAGUUUGUCUGCAAUUAUCCACUGUACUUGAACCAUGGGAAUUCAAUGAGACCUCUUGUGCGGUGGCGACAACAUGCUGUCGAGCUGCAUGUUCGACAGGUGACAGAUUUUGUUUCAGUGCUGGCGCCAUGGCAUGGAAACAUA